GCAGCGGUCACUCUAUUUCUAUACGCGACGCUGACGAGAAAGGAAAGCAAUUUUCCAGAAGUGGAAAAGCCCAUAACAGUGCAAAAUAGUAACUAAAUUUAAGUGCAAAGUGUAAAUAGAUGCAGAACGGAUCGCGACAAUUGCCCAAACAGCGGUUAAUUCGAUAUCGGAAAGUGGAAAAGAAAGUACGUGAAUAGGACGAGAAAAGAGAACGCAAUAACGUGAGACAGCGUGCGUGCGAAGAGUUUUUCGUCUCCCUCGCACCGAAGUGGAGCGCACUCAAUUAUUUUGUGGAUGGAGUGGAACAACAACAGCGACACAGCAACAAAAAUACAAGCAACAAUAACAGCAACAACAACUACAAAUGCAGAAAAUGUUCAGAAAAUCACAAAUAGAGCGAAAAACGAGAGAACAAUAGCGAAAGCGUUAAAAUGUAAUACAAUCGAUGCAUUAAAUAGAGUACAAGUACAGCAAUUGCAUUGGAAAUUGAAAUUCGUGCGACAAAAGCGGACGGUUGUAGAAAUUUUCGAAACUUGGCAGCCAUAUUUACUACAAAAACAACGCCGUUGUAAAAAUACGUGACAAAACGCUUACACACACAUACACACUUAGUCCCACACCCACACACUCUCUUCCUCACACACAUUCGCGCGUAUUGAAAGGGAGGAAUAGAGACAGAAAGAGAGACGCGAACGUGAAUUAACAAACAAACAAAAAUAUUUUGCGAAAAAGACAAACACAAAAAAUCCAAUAAAGUGUAUUACAUAAACAAACAGUGGGUCAAUUCGAAAUAUUAUGGAAAUUGCACCACUGAUCAAUAACGCCGUUGCUGUCGUCACAGCCUCUGCCGCAGUUGCUGCCUCUGCCAACGUCAACGUAGGCAGCAGCAAGGAAAAUGAUAACGUCAACAAUCUGGCGCUGCUAGCUUCGCUGACGUUACAAAAAGUGCUAAAUAUAAAUAACAACAACCAUCACAGCAGCAGCAACAACAACCGUAGCCACAACAGCGAUAUCAAACCACACGAGCAACAAAAACAGCAGCAACCACAACGACGAAACCUCGAUAUAACGAGCGAGAAUGAUGUAUUGAACCAAUUGCUAAAAACUGGAGCUGUUUUCACCAAAACCACCACGCCCACAGCGCCCAUUGCCAUCGAGAGAAGGAAGCAGUCGCAGCAGCACCAGCAGCAUAUACAUCAAUAUGCACAACAGCAACAACAACAACAACAACAACAUCGGCAACAGCAGCAGCAAUGCAGCGCUCAGAAGCAACGCCUCAACUCAUCCAUAUCAUCGACCAAUUCAUCGACAUCAACGAACUCCUCCUACGGCAGCUCAUCCUCGGAAGAUGCUGCAGCCGCAUCUGCAACAUUGGCAGCAUCUGCCACGCUAGCAAAAUUGACACCACGAACAAACACCACGAAGGCGUCCAGCAUUAAAUUGCCAGAGAAAUCGAAAAUUCCGUCCGAUAUACUUGAUGAUCUGGCCAGUCGGUUCAUAAUCAAUGUACCGGACAUGGAGCUAAAUAAUCUAAUACGAAUGUGUUUCCAAAUCGAGCUGGCCCACUGGUUCUAUUUGGAUUUCUUUUGUGCCCCCGAAACUGGCGAGGAUGGCGAGACCCAGAAGUGUGUCCAGCGGAAGCUACCGACGGUGGGCAUUAAGCAAUUCGCAAUGCAGUUGUUCCAACACAUUCCCUUCCUGAACAAACAUUUUGGCACCGUGGAUCAAAUCCUGGACGAGUGGAAGAACUACAAGCUGUCAGUGCCCACAUACGGAGCUAUUCUUGUGUCCGAGGACCACAAUCAUUGCUUGCUAGUGCAGUCCUACUUUGCACGCAACUCCUGGGGAUUUCCCAAGGGCAAGAUCAAUGAGAACGAGGAUCCAGCCCAUUGUGCCACGAGAGAGGUUUAUGAGGAGACCGGGUUCGACAUCACGGAUCUCAUCGAUGCCAACGACUACAUCGAGGCUUUCAUCAACUAUCAGUACACGCGACUGUACGUGGUGCGCAACGUACCGCUGGACACGUCGUUUGCGCCCCGCACCCGCAACGAGAUCAAGUGCUGCGACUGGUUCCGCAUCGAUUCGCUGCCGGUGAACAAGAACGAUGCCAUAUCGAAGGCCAAGUUAGGCAAGACCUCCAACUCCUUCUUCAUGAUCAUGCCGUUUGUGAAGCGCCUGAAGAAGUGGGUGAACGAGCGGAAGGCUGGAAUCGAGCCGCGUCGCCGGAAGUGCUCCGGCCAGCAGUCCCCCAAAGCGACUUCGCCCACAAACAUAAACGGCAGUUGCAAAAAGGACGCUGCAGGUGUGCGCAACGAAAUGCGACGCCAACGACACAAGUCCAUGGGUGAUUUGGAUGGUGUCAAGUUGAAUAAUCUCAAUGGCAAGGUGGCCACUGGACCGGGAGCGGUACUAGCAGCGCCCGCCUCCGCCACCAGCGCCAUCAACUCGAUGAACAUUUGUAAUAGCAAUGGGAAACGCAAUAAACAAAAUGUGGCUGCAGGCAGCAAUCAAACAACGCCACUAGCAGCAGCAAAGGCAGUGACGUCAAACGGAUCCAUCGGAGGCGGCACAAUAUCCUCCAAGCGUCAACUGUUCCAUAGCCAAAGUCAGAACGAUGCACAGCAGUCGGCAAGCAAUGAAAAGCAGAUUGUCAGCUCCUUUGAUUUAAUACGCAAGGAGAAGCAGCAACAACUUAAGGCGGCUAAGGCUCAGAAGCAACAACAACAGCAACAGCAGCAGCAGCAUAGAUUGCGCACCAAGUCCCAGAGUGACAAGCAGUGCAGUCCACAGCAACCAGUCAAGAUCCUGGGACAACAACAGCCCACAACGGGCAUGGAUUUGAUAGCCAUGCUAUCGGCGGCGGCGGCAGCUCAAAAGACACCAAAGAACGAGCAGCAACAACAGCAGCAACCACAGCAGCAGCAACAACAACGACCACGACCAGCUUCGGUGUCGCUGAACUUUGGGGCAGCCAGUGCCACAGGAGUAACACCAUCUGCUCCGGAUGCCCAGGACAUACACAAGCUGCAGCGCAUGGCAUCGGGCACGAAUUUGAGGAUUCUAAAGCGAGCACAAUCGCAGCAACCGCCGCAACAACAUCAACAGCAGUUGCAGCAACACCAGUUGCAAAUUCAACAGCAACAGCAGCAGUUGGGCGUUGACUUUACGCCCAAUUUUAAUUCGUGGACGAAUUUCUCUUUUACCAAGAACUUUAUAGCAAACGUGUUUUGCUAAACUUUUACUUUUGAGCAAUAACUUCCUUUUAAAAUUCUCAACUUAUGCAUUUCCCAGCAAAAGACCAGAUUACCGGGAACACCGAAUAGUUUAGCAGGCUCUGUGGAGUUGGGAAACAGAAACUUUGGAGAUUUGCUAGUAAAUGAAAGCAUGCCAAUUGCAUUUAACAAGUUCAUUUGUUAUAAAACUAACACUAAAACUACCAACACUAUAGACAACUAAUCAUGUCUAGUCCUAGGCUUUGGAGACUAUGUAUCAAAGUAAAGUUUCCCGAUCUCUAAACUGGAGAUUAAACUUUUCCACACAUAUUCUACAUAAGGGAACUGCGAGCACACUCGAACUCAAAAACUGAAUGCGAUCAAGUGCAUAAGUCAUUUGUAAUACAAAUUUUCAUACCAAAAAAAAAAAAUCAAAAAACGAGAGUCUUCCGAUCAGCACAUGUAAAGUAAUAUUUUGUAAAAACACUACAAUCGCUGUUCGACUUUAAGAUCCAAGUGAGAACAAACAGAUUGAGAAUAAUUAUGUUAGAAUCCUUCCUGUAUAAGCUAAAAAGUGUUUAUUGUGAGCCAAGUGAACCAUGCCUACUUCGAGCCGAGUGCUCGCCGUUUGAACGUAUUUUUAGAGAAAACCAACAAACUAAAUCUAAUCUAACUAAAGCGUAGCUUUAACACGCCCCGAGUUUUGCUUAAAUUUCAAAGUCCACUGUUGACUUUUUGCAAGGGCAACAAAAAAUCUUCAUCGGGGCGAGUAUGAGAUGAUAAACAAAUUAUAUUUCUGGGCCGUAAUACUUACUGCCCGCCCCCACCUACGAGAGAGAUGUGUAAGAAAAAAUACAAAUAAUAACAAUGUAAAUAAUUAAAUUGUGAUAUAGUAUUUCUUAGCACAAUUGUGAUCUUAACAAACGGCUGGCAACUACAACAACUUUUAUAAGGGAAUUGCAAUACCAUUUUAAUCAAUACAAAAUUGCCCCGCACACAAACCGUUCAAAAUUAAUUCCCACUUUCCCACAAUCAGGGGCAAUAUCAGGCAUAUCUCAGCAGAAAAUGUUUCGUCAAUGCUUUUUUGACAACUUGGGAAUGCGAAGCUAGAAAUGAGAAAACAGAACAUUUAACGAAUUUAAAUUAGUUUACAAUUGAAUGCUUAAAACGGGUUCAAUCCUGAUAAAUUUGUAUGAUAUACAAGAACUAAGGUAAAAGUAUUUGAGCGAUUUGUAAUUUUACGAAAACCAGCAGAGGAGUAUAUUUUUGUGAGCCACUAGUGCGUAAGAAGAGGGAGAGAAGCCUUUUAAGAAAUGUUAAGUCUUUUUAUAACUACGCGUAGAGUUCGUUAAGGUUUUCUACCAAACCAAGUUUCCUAUAAUUCGUAAGCAUGUCGCGACAUGUUAGCUUAUUUUCCAUCAAGCGUAGUCUCCAAUGUGUGAAACAGUUGCCUAUUUAGCGUAUAUCUUUAGACUAAGCAAUGAUCUGCAAUGUCUCCAAAGUCGUAGUCUCAGAGUCUAUAAGUUUGCAGCACCGAAAAUCAAAAGAAGUUCCCUGUAAUUCGGUCUUUUGCGUACAAUUCGGUACUAGUUCUUUAAUCUUAACAACCAAAAAACAGAAAGAAAUUUGCAUUUGCUUUAAAUCUUUUACUAUUGACUUUUAAAGCUUUUUGAAAAGCCAUAUUAAUUUGUAUUUUAUAUGUUAACACAUUGAGCUGCAAAUUUGUUUAAAACAUUUCUCUUUUAAUUUUGAUUUUUAUUAUAUUUCAUUUUUUACUAUAAAGCGUAUAUUUUAACGUUUUAUUUUUUGGAAACAUAGCUAAAUCUGUUUCCAGUCGCCUUAGACAAAUGGCCAAUGAAAUUGUGAAUACUUUGGACUUAUUUUGAAGCGUUAAAUUCCUUCUUCUUUCUUAACUCAAAAAUUAAACUUAAUUUCUUUGGACAUUUGUCUGGGCCAAGCAACAAACAAACAACAAACUUAUCAAGCAAGCAAUGAAUAUCAAAUUAUACACAAGAGCAACAUUGUUUACUCCGCUUGAAAACUGCAAGAAACCCAAGAAUUAAAUAUUGUAAAAUUUUGUUGUAAAAAAAGAAUCAAACACAAAAGCAAAGUGAAACAUUUCAAUUAAAAUCUAAAUUGUAUAAAAAAGAAUUCUCAAUUGAAGAAUUACAAUCUUGUUUAAAUUCCCCCCGUUCCGAAAUCACUAUUAGAGUUUACUUUCAUUUUUUUUUGUGAAAACCCAUAGACAUAGCAAUAAUUAACUUAAGUAAAGGGCUUCUGGAACAACAACCGACAACAUUAAGUUAAUUUAAGUGAACGUUGGAUGCGUGAGGACUUGAUAUAUUAAAAUCUUGCCAACACAUGAAAGUCUGCGCCGCCCAACGAUCCGAGUGAUCCAAAUACUCGCUCCAAGCUAAAUUUGCUAUGCAUUUUAACCAUUGUAUCCAAAAAAAGAUCGAAAAACAAAUCUGUAAACACGUCCAAAACAAAAACU